AUGGAAAUUGCAGAGAAUGCUGUAAAACUUUCUGAAAGUUUUCGAGCUGCUGUGCUGAAUUGCCUUAUUUCUGCUGUUGAGCAAGCUGAGAAUCACUUCUUAUGCAUGGUUGAACAAGAUAUGGAUGAUAGACCAAAUUUAGUUUCAGUUGGAUCUUGUGUCCUGGUUGUGCUUCUCGAGGGAACAGAUUUCUGCAUUCUAAAUCUUGGGGAUAGUUGGGUUGUGCUUGCUUCCAUGCCAUGA